ACUGAGGAAGAGGGUGCGCGAAGUCAGAGGCUGCGAAGCGCAGCGAGAGAGGACUUAAUGAUAACAACACGCCGAGGAGGAGGAAGACAUUUAAGACGACCUUGAAGUUAAUGUGCGUCGAUUUGAAGUCGCCGUUGCCUUCCAUCUGGCCGCCGUCUGGCCGCGCGUUUGCGGGAAAUGCGAGCUCAUGCGUGACACGUAAGGGAGAGACAAAAAGGAGAGGCGACGAAGUGCAGCUCGACUUUCUCACCGGACUUUGACGUGUGGACUCUACUAGAGAGGAGACAGGAGAGAGACGAAGAGCCCUGCCAUGCCCGGUUCUCCUGUGGAUGCUAAGACUCAUUCCAGAUCAGCUCCCAGCAGCAUCUCCACCAUGCCUCCCCUGCCCUCCAUCAACCCAAGCGGCCCACGUCUGGCCUCCUUCUCCACCACAGCAUUGACCAACGGGAACCACCAUUCCCCGCCCACCCUCAACGCGGUGCCGUCACCGCCGCAGCGCUACAGCAACGGGCCCUCGUCGUCGUCAUCGUCGUCGCUGGCCAACCAACAGCUGCCGGCCACCUGCGGCGCGCGGCAGCUGAGCAAGCUCAAGCGCUUCCUGACCACACUACAGCAGUUCGGCAACGACAUCUCCCCGGAGAUCGGAGACAGCGUCAGGAGCUUAGUACUGGCUCUUGUGAAUUCAACCGUGACCAUCGAGGAGUUUCACUCGCGCCUUCAGGAGGCCACCAACUUCCCCUUGAGGCCAUUUGUUAUUCCUUUUCUGAAGGCCAACCUCCCCCUGCUGCAGAGAGAGCUGCUCCACUGUGCACGUGCAGCCAAGCAGACCCCCGCCCAGUACCUGUCCCAGCAUGAGCACCUCCUGCUCAGCACCACCAUGGCCUCCUCGCCCGACUCCUCCGAGCUGCUGAUGGAGCCCGCCGAAGCCGCGACCAAGAGGCCCAGCCCGAGCAGGGUCAAGGAGAACGGCUUCCACGAACGUCCGCCUGUGGCGCUGGAGCCUGCCGCCAAGCGCAUUUGCACCAUCAGCCCCGCUCCGCGCCACAGCCCGGCCCACCCGCUGCCGCUCAACGCCCAGCUUCACCCGACCCCUCCGCCACUCCAACACUACGCCCUGGAUGACAUCGCAGCGCCGCACAUCCUGAACCGCGAACACAGCCAGCGCCUGCUGGAGAUCAGAGACCUCAAAGACAGGCCGAGGCUACCCGGCACUAACGGGGGCUACCGCGAGGAGCCAGUGGACCACAGGCUGACAGACAGGGAGUGGGCUGAUGAAUGGAGGCAUCUGGACCAUGUGUUGAAUUCCAUCGUGGACAUGGUGGAAAAGACACGGAGGUCGGUGAGCGUCCUGCGGCGUUGCCAGGAGUCGGACCGCGAGGAGCUCAACUACUGGAGGCGGCGCUCCAGCGAGCAAGAGGACGCGCGCAAAGGAGGCCUGGCGCCCUUCUCCAAAACCCACAGCCCCCACUCUGCAGAGUCGGAGUCCCAGCGCGAGUUGGCCCCGCGACCCGGCUCGGCGUACGUCACGGACGAGAUCUGGAAGAAAGCCGAGGAGGCGGUGAACGAGGUGAAGCGGCAGGCCAUGGACGAGGUGCAGAAGGCGGUGGCGGAGGCCGAGCAGAAGGCCUUCGAGAUGAUCUCCUCGGAGCGCGCCAAGAUGGAGAAGACGCUGGCCGAGGCCAAGAGGAAGGCUCAGGAGGACGCCAUCUUGGUCAUCAACGAGCAGGAGGAUUCCAGCGAGUGUUGUUGGAAUUGCGGCCGCAAAGCCAGCGAGACGUGCAGCGGCUGCAACGCGGCGCGCUACUGCGGCUCCUUCUGCCAGCACAAAGACUGGGAGAGGCACCACCUCAUCUGCAGCCCGGGACUUCAGGCGCAGCCCAAACCCGUUUCCGCCAUCCCCGCCGCCCGGGCGUCCCCCGCGGGCUUGGCCGGGAUCAAAGCCCCCGACAGCGCGCCCUCGGUGUCCAGUCCCGGCGCGGAGAAGGCGGCGUCCCGCUCGUCCACCCCUUCCACCCCGGCCUCGGCGCCCGAGACCAACGGACACUGAGGAGUUUUGCCUCCUCGCCGAACUAUUUGUGGGUCACGUCAGGACAACACGCCCUGGGCGCAGAAAGAGGACCAGCAGCUGACGACCCGUCUCAGAUUACAGAGAUUAAAAAUAU